UUCAGUUUGUGUAAACCUAUGCACAACACCUUAAGAGACCUAGUUUUCUGCCAUGAAUAUAAGCUACUGCUUUCUCUUCCUAGAAUCCUCUUGAAAAAAGGACCAUGUAGUGCAAGAAUUCACCUCUUAAUGCAGAAUACAUACACUUCACCAAACAGGGGCUGACCACCGGUAGAAUUUGAGAGGGUUGCUAAACCAAAUAAAAGUUUUUGUAUUUAAGGUUUGGAUCCACACAUUUUUUUAUGAAAGCAAUCAAAAAUAUAUGAUUUGGAGCUUGACAAUGGCUGAAUUAGGAGAAGGAGACUAACGAAGAAAUACAUUGGUUUAGUCAAAGUUGAAGAGUCCACACAGAGUGGUGGCUUUCCUGUGCUUACCAAACUAACAUAACUAAGACUACUUACACACACACACUGCAGUUGGCUCGACACCGAUAUUUACAAACUGCACUGUGGUUGCUGUACACACACACCUUUCAUCACUGAAGUGAGUGCACUCCCUAUUUAAACAAAGCACUGAACUCUGUCCAUCAUUACAUGGCGAUCGUGACAUUUUGUGUGACAGAAGGCAGGCUGUGUUUUUGUUUAUGCUUUUGGAAGAAAGUACUGUAUGUCGAUCGAGAGCUUGUCAAGCGCAGCUAUGCUCUUUUUUGCAAAACCAGCAGAGACACUGUGUUGUUUUUUCUGCACUGCUAAAUACAGUGGUGACAAUCUGCAGUACCAUGACAGUAGAUCUACACAUUUGGACGAUCUUCCGACCAGAAGGCUGGUGAGAACGACUUGUGAUUUUCCAAAUGACUGGAUAAAAAAAUGUACGCCUGUCCAAGAAGUCAUAUAUGCAUCUCUGUCAUUUCCUGAGACAUUUCCUGGAGUGCCAGAACACACAGAUGAGACGUUCAGUAUCGGUGGAAAAACGAGUUGCGCUGACCACCAACUGAGGUUGUAAUACACAAACACACACACACAGUUAGUGCGCAUUCACUAACUGAACAGAAUUAAUAACUGCAUACUUGCUCAGAAAAGGAUUAACUAGUGCCGUUGUCGCUGCCCUUUGUAACCGAACUCUGUAUAUACAAACUGUAUUAAGAGCAAAAGUUGAACUCGCAACCACAUGUAGCCUUAUUCAUAGUGAGGACACAACGUGCAAGAUAACUGCAGUUAAGAAGUCUGAGCACGUGAAUAGCUGUAACAAUUGCAGGCAAGCACAUUCACAUUGUUUAGUAAAAUUUGGCAAAGACAUUCGUUGGCACGAGUUAUUGAGAGUAUCGAGGCUGGGUUACAGUUAUUUUUUCAUUCAUGAGUGUGAAUAUGUGCUGUAUGUUACUAACAGUACUUUUUGUGUACACCUCUUUUUCAGAUUUUUGCAGAGAUGACAACAACAUUCAAUAAAUGCCAGGUCAACCGUUUGGAGCGUUCUACAAAUUACUGUGUCAGGGUGAGAAUGUCAGUCAAUACUAAUGAAAACUCAAGGUUUUCGCAGUGGCACUGUGCAUUCACAAGCCCUGAGGAGAUCAGCAAAGUCCCCUUUCUGCUGGUUGCUGUGUGUGUUCUCCUCGUCUUGAGUGCAGUGGUUAUGGCAGCCUUGGUCUACAGUGGUUACCUGUGCAAGCCGAAGACACAGCUCCCCAAAGUACUGGCCUCUUUUACACUACAUCACAGUUCCUGCCGUCUACAACAGUGUCUAGUAGCAGAGAGGUGCCCUGUAGUACCUGUGUGCAUCGUCUACAAACAGGAAUGCAAGCUGAAAAGACGAAGUCGGACACUUCUGGACUCCAGUGAAAGCGAGAACAGCGACAGCGGGGGUGAAGAUGGGUAUGAAGCACAAGCCACACGGCCUGCUGUCUACCGCUGUUCAUCUGCCCGGUUGGGGGAGCCUAAGCAAGCUUAUGAACCAGAUGACCCGGAACAGAAGCAGUGUUUGCUUGUGUGUGAUGAGUUUCUAGUGGAGCAGCCACAAGACCAACCAGAUCAGGAGGAGAAAGAACCUGUAAUUGAGGGGAGAUACUCUGAACAGCAGGAAAGCUCUCAAGACAUCCCUUUAUUUUCAGUACUGUUGGAGAGGCAUGGUGAUGGUGAUGAUGAUGAAAUCUUGGAGAGCCCUCCAAUGGAGCUGGCGCUGGACCAAGAGGAUAGCAAACUUCUGCCAGAGGAACAUCAAGGAUCUCCACUAAUGGGGUCUAUAGAAUCUGUAAACUGUGUUACAGGCCACCUCAAUAUAGAAAUGAAAGACAUUGAGGAGCAGAGAUACUAUUCAGACUCAGAGGAGGAAGAUGACACUGGGCUUUCUGGGUACAUGAGACGUUAGGUGGAUGUGUAGCUUUCCUUGGAUGUAGCUUGCACUAUCUGUUCCUUUUGAUUCUCAGUUCUCAUUCCUGGAAGCGUUGCAGGUUCUUAUUUUUAUUUGUUUAUGAUGUUAUGGAAUUCAUUUUGUUCACCUUUUUAUUUUUUCUAACUGGAAUAACAAAUCUUGGAACAAAAAAAAACAGUUGUACACGCUCUACUGUAGGGGUCUUAUUAGCAAACUGAAUUAUUUGGUAAAUACAUGCUUAGUAAAUAUUAGUGGUACAGAUCUUGAGUACAUUUCUCAGCUGGUAAAGGGUGUUGAAGUAAUGUUAGGUGGCAGGUGGUCCAGUGGUAAAAGUCCAGGGCUUGUAACCAGAAAGUCACCAGUCACCAGUUCAAAUCCCUCCUCUGCCACUGGCUGACUCACUCUGUGACUUUGAGCAAGUCCUUUAACCUCCUUGUGCUCCAUCCUGCGGACAAGAUGUUAAAUCAGUGUCUUAUUUGAAGUGACUCUGCAUAUAAUG